AUGAUGAUAAAUUUAAUAAAAAGACAAGUUAACUCCACUGUUGAUAAUUUCAUCAAUGGUACGCUUACUAGUGAUAUACAAACAAUUCAAAAUGGUAUACUGUUUAAAACAAUAGGAAUAUCGUUGGCAGUUUCUAGUGGAAUAUUUAUUGGCGCAUCUUUUGUAUUAAAGAAAAAGGGACACUUGGAAGCAAAUAAACUUGUACAAGGAAAAGCUGCUGGAGAAGGACACGCUGCAAUAUUAUCAUCAAUAUUUCUCAAGGAAACUUUAAAUCUACAAGGAAGCAUAGGAUGUACUUUAUGUAUUAUUGGUGCAACCAUUAUCGUAAUGUAUGCACCCGUUCAACAUAUCGCGUCUUCAAUUGAGGAAUUUAGAGAGUUGUUUUUUUCUCCUGUAUUUUCAAUUGCAAUAAUUUGGUUUUUGGGACCAAGAUAUGGUGCAAAAAAUAUGGUGAUUUAUAUAGGAGUUUGUUCAUUGAUCGGAUCACUUUCAGUAGUUACAACUCAAGGACUUGGAAUAGCAAUACUUAGGACAAUUCAAGGCGAGAAUCAAUUUACACAUUGGUUUUUAUAUUUUCUAAUGGCAUUUAUUGCAACAACGGGACUGGUUGAAAUUAAUUAUUUAAACAAAGCAUUAAAUAUUUUCAAUACAUCAAUGGUAACGCCGGUAUAUUAUGUGAUAUUUACUAGUUUGACAAUAUUAUCAUCAUCAAUUCUUUUCCAAGGAUUUAAAGCACCACCCGAAGCAUUUGUAACAAUGAUUUUGGGAUUUUUAAUAAUAUGUACUGGCAUCAUAUUAUUACAAACAUCAAGAAAAGUCACGAAUGAUAAAGGUAUAACAAGUUCAACGAAAUCUUUAUUAGAUACUGAUGAUGAUAAUCAGAAUCCUGGUGCAUCGGAAAUUAGAGCAAGUUUCGCUGGACUUGAAUCGCAGACAGAACCAUCAUCACAGUCACCUAAAAGAUCUGAUAGUGCAUCAAAAUUUCUUGAAGAUUUUUCAUUUGAUCAAAAUAAUCAAAAUAUUGUUGUCGGCAAAGAUCAUAAAUCAACUGGAAACAAUAGAAAAUCACAAGACUCUAUUAAUACUUUUGAUCAAAGGAAAUUAAAAAUUAAAAAUCCUGAUAAUGAUGAUUUAGAAGGGUUGAUACCUCAUCAAUAA